CCAAGAAGAAGAAGAAGAAGAAGAAGAGGAUGUCGGGGGUGUUGAGGUGGGGAGCGACACUCCUCGCCGUCUCGUUGCUCCUCUCACUGAUCGAGCUCGGCGGGGAAGGAACCAAGAAGCCCUCGAAUAUCCCGCCAUUAUCCGACCUCGAUGAUCGGCGGAUCGCAGAUAAGCCUCGGCAACUUCAAGACGAUGAGGGCGAGCCUAGCACCUCCUUCUCGUUCUCUUCAUCUGCACCGUCGCCACAAUAUCUGGAGGUCGGGUUCUACCGGAGGAAGUGCCCUCGAGCCGAGGGGAUUGUGGAGUCCACCGUGAACGAUCUCUACUCGCGCAACUCCAGCGUUGCCCCCGCCCUCCUCCGCCUACUCUUCCACGACUGCUUCAUCCACGGGUGCGAUGGAUCGGUGCUCUUGGACCGGAUCAAUGGCUCCCUCUCCGAGCGCGACGCCAUUCCGAACCGCACGCUGAAGGGCUUCGACGCCAUCGACGCGAUCAAGUCUGCGGUGGAGGCGGUGUGCCCCGCCACCGUCUCCUGCGCCGACAUCUUGGUGCUCGCCGCGAGGGACGGCCUGAAGCUGGUGGGGGGGCCUAGCUACACGGUGCUCACGGGGAGAAGAGAUAGCGUGCGGAGCUUCUACGACGAGGCCCAGAUCCAGAUCCCGACGCCCAACGACACCUACGCCAAGACCCUCUCCAGCUUCGCGAGCCGCGGCUUCACCGAGCGCGAGACCGUCGCCCUCCUAGGGGCGCACAGCAUCGGGAAGGUGCACUGCCGCUUCUUCCGCGACCGGCUCUACGACUUCGCGGGGACGGGGGAGCCCGACGGGUCCCUCGACAGGGAGAUGGUGGAGGAGAUGAGAGCCAUUUGCGGCGGAGAUGCGGCGGCGGCGGCGGCGGAGGAGGCGGGGAUGGAGAUGGGGUAUUGCAGGGAGGGGAGAGAGGUGGGGUUCGGGAGCCAUUACUACUGGAGGCUUUUGGAGGGGCGGGGGAUACUCCGUGCGGAUCAGCAGCUGACGGCCGGUCGCACGGUGCGGUGGGUGCGGGCGUACGCAGCGGGCUGGGAGGGGGAGCGCGCCUUCCGCGCCGACUUCGCCGCCUCCCAGGGACAGGUCCGGACCCGCUGCUCCCGCAUCCUCGGAUCCUGACCGUUCGGCUAGGCUACUGCUUCUUCAUCUCGGCCGUCUGAUUUGUGCGGCACGGCCUCCACGUAGGUACACCAGACUCUCUGCUUCAGCAGAGUACAGAGAUUUUUUCUUUUCUUUUCUUUUCUUUUCUUUUUUUACCCCUAGCGAUUUCUCCAAAUUUAUUUUGACAAAUAUCUUGUGCAAAGUAUAUCGACAAUUAAACACUCCAGUUGAAGAUUCGAGCUUCAAUUUUCUUUUAAAAAAAUUCACUGGGCCCAGCGUGUACACGUUAAAGGCCCAACUAACCCAAUUUCAGGGCCCGGCCCAGAUGCAUCAGAGUUGCACAGAAGCGCUGAGGUGAGCUCACCGCUCUCCCUACCUUAUCCGGAAAAUAUAGACACUUCCGUAAUAAUAGAUUCAACACAGGAAUUGAUUUUUUUUUUUCAUUCCACAAUCAAAACAAGUUGGAUAUGACUUAUAAGCAUAUUUCUGUAUGCAGAAACUGUUUACUCAAUUUGAUGAUACAUUUCACAGGAACCAGACAACAACUCUUUCAACCUGCUUUUAUCAUGGCUCAGUUUGCAUUACAGGAAAUUGUCACAAAAACAGAGAAGCUGAUUGGUCACUCUUCACUCUUUAAUCAUGCAUACUUGUGAUCAUCAGCUGCAAGGGAAAAAGCAUCGCCCAUUAUUUCAAGCUUAGAUUCCCUCCAAAUUCAACUGCGCGACAUCAAACGAACAAAAGAUGAACAUGAGACACCAAAGAGAAACAAGAUGAGAUCAAAGGUCAUCUGCAAACAUGUUACACUUGGAACAUUGGCUUGCAUAAUAGUGAAGAUCAACCAAAGAAAGAAAGUUAAUAUUUAGUUCAAAGAAAAAUAAAAAUAUUAUUUAAAUCAAGAGGUUUAAUGGAAAUUUUUUCAGAAGAAAAUGAAGAUCAAUGUCCUUAUCAUAUUUAUAAUAACAACGCAACCUUCUAGCUGGCCAGGCCAGCUAAACAUUCUCUACAUGAAUCAACUUCCUGCUUCAAUAAUUCACACUGCUGGCCCCCCCAUUAAUUGUCAAUAGAGAAGGGUAGAGACAAAUGUACACAUAAUAAGUAACUUAAUCUUUAGACAUGCUUACAUGUUAUUGGGAUAAGAGGCAUCUGUUACUACAUUAUUUUUCUUAUUUUAUUUAUUUAUUGAAGUUGUUUCAACAUUUUACUGGGUAGAUUACUACAAGCUCAAU